UUCGGGAAUUUCUGCCCUGCCGCGGACUAAGUUGCAUUCCUUGAAUCUUCACAGAAAAGACAAUUCUUUAAUCAGAGUUAGUAAUGUGGACAGUACAAAAUCGAGAGAGUUUGGGGCUUCUCUCUUUCCCUGUGAUGAUUGCCAUGGUCUGUUGUGCACACAGCGCCAAUGAGCCCAGCAACAUGUCAUACGUGAAAGACACAGUGGACAGAUUGCUCAAAGGAUAUGACAUUCGCUUGCGGCCGGACUUUGGAGGGCCCCCAGUGGACGUCGGGAUGAGGAUCGAUGUCGCCAGCAUCGACAUGGUCUCCGAAGUGAACAUGGAUUAUACCCUCACCAUGUAUUUCCAGCAGUCUUGGAAAGACAAAAGGCUUUCUUAUUCCGGAAUCCCACUAAACCUCACACUAGAUAACAGGGUAGCUGACCAACUCUGGGUACCAGACACCUACUUUCUGAAUGACAAGAAGUCAUUUGUGCAUGGGGUUACAGUGAAGAAUCGAAUGAUCCGGCUGCAUCCUGACGGAACAGUUCUCUAUGGGCUCCGAAUCACCACCACAGCUGCAUGUAUGAUGGACCUACGGAGAUAUCCUCUGGAUGAGCAAAAUUGUACCCUGGAGAUUGAAAGUUAUGGCUAUACCACUGAUGACAUUGAGUUUUACUGGAAUGGAGGAGAGGGAGCAGUAACUGGAGUUAAUAAAAUUGAGCUUCCUCAGUUUUCAAUUGUCGACUACAAGAUGGUAUCCAAGAAAGUGGAGUUCACAACAGGGGCAUAUCCACGACUGUCACUAAGUUUUCGUCUGAAAAGGAACAUUGGUUACUUCAUUUUGCAAACUUACAUGCCUUCCACUCUGAUUACAAUUCUGUCCUGGGUGUCCUUUUGGAUCAACUAUGAUGCAUCUGCAGCCAGAGUCGCACUAGGAAUCACCACGGUGCUGACAAUGACAACCAUCAGCACACACCUCAGGGAGACACUGCCAAAGAUCCCUUAUGUCAAAGCAAUUGACAUUUACCUGAUGGGUUGCUUUGUGUUUGUGUUCCUGGCUCUGCUGGAAUAUGCUUUUGUAAAUUACAUCUUCUUUGGAAAAGGCCCUCAGAAAAAGGGAGCUGGCAAACAAGACCAGAAUGCCAAUGAGAAGAACAAACUGGAGAUGAAUAAAGUCCAGGUCGAUUCCCACGGCAACAUUCUCCUCAGCACCCUGGAAAUCAGGAAUGAGACGAGCGGCUCAGAAGUGCUGACGGGCCUGAGCGACCCGAAGGCCACCAUGUACUCGUACGACAGCGCCAGCAUCCAGUACCGCAAGCCCAUGAGCGCCCGCGAGGGCUACGGGCGCGCACUGGACCGGCACAGCGCGCACAACAAGGGGCGCAUCCGCAGGCGUGCCUCGCAGCUCAAAGUCAAGAUCCCCGACUUGACUGAUGUAAAUUCCAUAGACAAGUGGUCCCGAAUGUUUUUCCCCAUCACCUUUUCUCUUUUCAACGUCGUUUACUGGCUUUACUAUGUCCACUAAGGUCUGUCAUAGUGGUUCAUAAACAACUCGUUUCCUCUUCUCUUGAUUUUUAACCACACAGGUCCCCUGCAGCAUUACUGCAGUGUUUUUUGAGGUAAGACAUUCAGCCAUCCAAUUUGUUUUAGACUUUGCAUAUCAAUUUUAUUACUGCACCAUGUUUACGUCAAAAAACAAAACAAAACAAAACUUUUUUUCCAGUCUACCGUGGACCAGGUUAUCAAGCUCUUUGAGAGCUCUAUGAAUUGCCAUGUUUACAAACACACACACACACACACACACACACACACUCACACACAGAAGUUAGGUAGUUAGAUCUUUUGCAGUCCUUAGUUGCCCUAGAUUGUACUGAUUUAUUGUGUAAGUGAAAAUGAAGAGACCAAGCUGUCCGUGUCCACUGCUUCCUGGAAAACUGUAACAAUCUUCAUGCUGCCAAAAAACAACACAAUUUCCAGGAUCUCAGAAGAAAAUACAAAGCCAUUGACACAUUACAGAUUUCCAGGAAGAAUGGCAAACCCAAAGGCGCCU